UAUUAGUAUGAAUAGAAAAUGAAAAAUUCACUUCCCGCUUCCUCUCGGACCAGCGACUCGUUCGGGUGCCGUCCCUGGCCUGUACUUAGCAUUCCUGUAAUCCUGUCCUCUUCUGGGCACCUUUUCUUUUUUCUAUUUUUGAAUUUUAAUCCUUUUGAAAAGUAAAGCCUUGAGGAACUGCAAGUACGCAUGAUGCUUUUCUAGUCGCUAACAAUGGAGGAAGGUGUUCGGAGAUGGGUGGUAGACAUUUCAAAGUGGGACCCACUUCCCGGCGAUUUUUCCUUUGCUCUCUCUCUUCUCCCUUCCCAUGAUCACUCCUCCAUCACCAGGUUUAUUAAGUUGGAAGACAGGAAACGGGCACUUGUGAGCCGAAUGCUUCAGUAUGCUCUUGUAUGUGACGCAAUGGAUGUCCGAUAUGGCAAAUUCAUGAUAAAACGGACAUUGGAAGGGAAACCGUAUUUGGAUUAUGAUGAAGAUGAUCUCAAAUUCCCCAAUUUUAAUUUUAAUGUAUCCCAUCAUGGUGAUUAUGUGGGCAUAGCUUCUGAACCUAUAUGUCUUGUGGGGUUAGAUAUUGUAUCGUAUGAUGUUCCUCAGAAAGAAACAAUUGAAGAAUUCAUUCUAAACUUCUCAUCAUACUUUUCAAGUUUGGAAUGGGAUAACAUAGUCAACGCUGGAACUGAUAAUGUAUUAAUUGAGUUUUUUAGGUAUUGGAGCCUAAAAGAAGCAUAUGUUAAAGCCUUAGGGAGUGGACUGACUGACGAUUUGAAUACAGUUGAGUUUUGUCACAUAAGUUGGAACAAUAUAUCAGCUAAGGUCGAUGGGAAGCAUAUGGCAGAGUGGAGAUUUUGGCUCUACGAGCUUGGAAAAAGACAUUGUCUAUCAAUUGCAAGAGGUCCUGCAAGAUCAGCCGCUAGGAAUUACAAAGCAACGCUGAAGAAGGUAGAUUUUACUGAGCAGGAAUAUCACGAGGGUUUAAAUCUUCCAACUGGAGACAUUGUUGAGCUAAGUGUAGAACAACUCAUCUCGACUUUACAGAAAGCGAUCAAUGGUGUUCAUAGAAGUUGAAUGUUGUUGUAAAUCCAAGGCAAAGAGGAUGUUUGUGUGUGAUGUCGCCGUGAAAAGAUUCUGUUGUCUGAGCAGAUGAUCACAAAAUUAGUGCCUCGCAUGCAGAAACACUCAACCUUGUAUCAAUUUUAUUCCCAUAGAAAUCACAAAUUUCUUUCAUUUUUGUCAAAA